GUUUCGAAAAUGAGCCUAUUCUUUAAGACCGGCCUCUUCCUCGGUUAUCUGAUUCUGGUCUGUGCUCAAACCGAACAACAGCCAGUUGUAACCAUACCAGAAUUAGGAACGGUUCGCGGAUCGAUAUCCUACAGUGCAUGGACUAACCGAAUGAUCUAUUCAUUUGAAGGAAUUCCGUUUGCUGAAUCUCCAACGGGGAAUUUGCGAUUUCAGCCUCCAGUUAAAACGAUCAGCUGGGAGGGAACAUUAGAUGCAACGAAGCCGGGCAUCAGCUGUCCCCAACUGUUGGGUUCGGAUGUAAACGCAAUCGACGAAAAUUGUCUCACUCUAUCAGUGUUUUCCAAUGAUUUAACCUCUUAUCGACCGGUGAUGGUGUCCAUUCACGGGGGCGCCUUUUUUCUUGGCAGCGCAAUAGGUUACCCUCCGGACUAUUUGCUGGAAGCGGACAUCGUUCUAGUGGUGAUCCAAUAUCGGUUGGGUCCACUGGGAUUUUUAUCCACUAUGAGUGAUAAAAUUCCCGGUAACGUUGGAAUUCUGGAUAUGAUUUUAGCAUUGGAGUGGGUGCAGCAGAACAUUGCCUCGUUCGGUGGUAACCCUCAAGUUGUUACAAUAUUCGGCGAAUCUGCUGGAGGAGCGGCAGUUUCCGCUCUGCUACAUACUCCCCUGGUUCGCAGUAAACCAACGCCUUUGUUCCAUCGAGCAAUCAUACAAUCGGGAUCGGUAUUCUCACCAUGGGCUAUCUGUGAUACUCCGACAGAAGGGGCUUACGAUAUUGCCAGUCGUUUAGGAUGUGGUAAUGACGUAGAGCAGUGCUUGCUGGAAGCACCAGUCGAGGAUCUUCUGAUUGCCUUCCAACUUCAUCGUACAGACGCCAUCGUUAACCGAGGAUUGCCUUACGUCGCCGGAGCAACGAUGGUCGUUGGUGGGCCCUCUGGGCUUUUUCCUGAGCAUCCGAAGAAAUACCUCUCGCAAGCUUUUCCCAACAUAUCCGUAAUUGCGGGAGUCACCUCGCAAGAUGGUUUAAUCUUUCUGAAUGAAAUCUGUGAACUGCACCCGGAAAUAGCGCAGUCGCUAAACACAGCCCAGGAUUUACAUUCCUUCGUACGAUUGCUACAUGAAAAGUUCGGUCAGACAAGACUUGACGGAACUCUACAGGGAUAUGCAGUUCAUGAACAUUUUCUAAUGAGUGAAAUCGAUCAGAUGCAGUGGAAGGAAAUUGUUCUAGGCCUAACCGAUAUCUGCGGCAACCACGCAUUCAAAGGACCAGUUCUGGUGGAUACUCUAGCAUUAGCAUCGGUCGAUUCGAAUAGGGCCUAUCUUUAUAGUUUUGACUACGCAAUAGACAACUCGACAAAUUUGCCACUUUCCAUAUCGUUUCCCUACGAAGGAGCUGUUCAUCAUGCUGCCGAUAUCCAUUACCUGUUUCCUUGGUCGAAUCUGGAUGACAAUGGGUUGAAGAUAGCCCAAACCAUGGUACAACUUUGGACCUCCUUCGCCAGAACGGGCGUUCCCACGGCCCAAGCGGUUCCGUACUGGUCCACGGUUGGAAAUCUUCACGGUCCUUAUUUAUCAAUUAACGAAAACAUGGAGGAAAAGAAAAACUUUUACAAUGAAUUUACGGCAACUACUCUUCGAUUCCGGACUAGCGGUACCGGUAGCAUCGGUUCGAAACUUAUCAUAAUCGUCAUCGGUGUUUUGACGUUCUGCCGUACCAUACUUUGAAUAGUUUAUGGUGAAAGAAAUAAA